UACAUACUCAUUUAAUUUACUUAAUCAACGAGUAAGAGAUCAUAAAUCAAUAUUAAAAGUCACAGCUCUGAUAACCUUUCAUACUAUUGUUUACAGUUUGAGCAACGAAGUGUUUUCGGAAAGCAGAUAAGAUUAUUGAGCUUAGAUGUGUGAAAUUUCGAGGUCACACGAUAUCGUGAUCCGUUGACCCAUGUUCAAUAUAAAUAUCCCAUUUAGAGUACCGUCGUACGAAAUGCGAAAGGAAAUGACGAGUGUCGUAUAUCACAUAGGGGAGACAAGGGCCCUCCUGCUAGCAUCUCGUCAUUAGCCAAUUGAAAGAUUGGCGCAACAGGAAUCGCCGACACCACCAGUUGCACUCGGACCCCGCACAAGAACAUACCAGAAUACUACCAUCAGGAGUGUGACGGGCUUUUUGUAUGGGAUUAUAACUGUGUUGUUUACUUUUGUUCGUCCAAAUGUUAGUUAUGAAAGCGAACGUGUUUCUGGGCCUGCUAAUACUAUUCACGUUGCUGAUAUGUUCGACAGAUGGCCGGCGAGGCCGCACCAGGAGCAGGACCAAGUCAAAGGUGCAAAUUGGGUUGCCUAUCACCGGAAAAUAUAGGGAUCCCGAAUCUGAUCAGUAUUACAACAAUAAUGACGGUGCUAAAAUCCUCCUUGCGUCUCACUUCGACCUUGAGUACGUAUUGGGGCAUAAGAUCGCUUUCCUGUGCAUCGCGAAAGGGUCACCUAGACCCCACAUCACGUGGUUCAAAGACGGAGUGGAAAUUUUCGCCCAUCACUAUCUGCAUAUUCACGAGUGGCCUAUCGGCGACGACCGUGUGAAGUCUAAGAUCGAGAUCGACCCGGCCACACAGAUGGACGCCGGCGUGUACGAGUGCACGGCAGACAACAUGUACUCUAUAGACCGACGCUCCUUCAAAACUGACUUCUCCAUCGCUUUUGACUGAAAUACUCUCUAUGUAAAAACACACCAGCCCGCUUACAAUCAUCUCUUGAACUUGACUAUUCACGUUAUGGAAGUAAGACGCAUUUAGACGAAGUGCUGUCUUCCUUUCAAACCAGUCUGUCUUUAAGAGCUCGUAGUAAGCGUUUCGGGUUGCUUCAUAGCUUUCUAAACCGACUGAAACGAAUUAACUUAAUACAUUUAUUUUAUUAUCGUUGUUAUUUUCGACGAAAUUGAAACGCUAAUAGUAUUUUCAAUAGGUCGUGAUGCGUUCAUUGUCGUAUGAAGCAAACUCGCUUAUAAAUUUGUCUGAAUUAAAAUGAGAAUGAAGUCAUCCUAUGACAUAAUUAAACUAUAUCGGCUCGUCUAAACACUGGCGUGCAUAGUAAGUUGAUAGUUGAUAAACACUAUUAUUACUGUAUGAGUUAUAAUAAUUCAUGUUUAUUUAAUAAAUUGCCUAAAUA